UGCCCCUCACCGGGAGACCAGGACGGAUUACAUGCCUGCCCUUAUAACGAUUGAUACUUCCUCUUCUAAUUGAUUAGCCCAAUCCUCCUUCCCACCACCCACGCUGUCAACAGAUACGGCUGUCACACCAAUCCCACUCACUAUGGCUUCGCGGAGUACUGAGUCUACUGCAACGCCUGCAACUACUGUAAUUGCAGUCGUGGAUCUUCGGUCGCUACGGACCGAUAGGAAAGACUACAGCAGAAUUGUACAGGUGCAUGUCGGUUGCCCGGACAUCCACCAAUGUUUUUUUGUCCACGAGAGUCUUCUAACGACGCGUUCGCAAUUUUUCAAGAAGGCUAUGGAGGGUCCAUGGAUCGAGGCAGAGAGUCGCGUCGUCAGACUUACCGAGGACGAUCCGGUCACUUUCCAGCUCUACGUCGAUCUUCUGUAUACUGGUCGUGUUGCGGUCCUUCGUGAACUACCCUCAGACGAUCCCAGAAGCAUUCUGGAAAAGGCUGAGCUUGCCAAACUCUAUGUUCUCGCAGAGAAACUGCAGGAUAUGGAGGCUAAAAAUCAGACUAUAAAUGCAGUCAUCGCGUCCUCCAGGUUCAAGCAAGCCGGCGGCAGUGUCUACGCUCCAGGUUACAAUUUCAUACGCAUCAUCUACGAUGGUACUCCUUCAGGUUCCAAGAUGCGCAAGCUACUCGUGGAGUUAUAUACCAUGGAUGCUGCUAGUUCUUGGAUAGACUCAUACCACGAGUUUCCUUGCGAGUUCAUGGAGGCACUGUUGAAGAGUGUCUUGGAUCUGCGAAAACCACGGUUAGGUUUGGUCAACACAGCAGACGUCACUCGAUUCAUGGAAACCCCGGUCGUGCAUGAUACCUAAUUCUGCCGAGAAAACCAACACCAUGGUGGAAUCGCAACAACGAGUUUUUGCAGUACAUUGAGCGAACAUGAGAGAUGAGGGUAUCCACGAAGCGUUCUGUGGUUAUGAUAGGUUGGAAGGAGUUUAUUAAAAAGCUAUAUGAUGGUGUAUCACCAUCCACAUGCUAUGUAUUUCAAGAAAAUAAUUGGAGUCAUCCGUCGCGCCUUUGAGAAAGCGGAAACAAGAGUUUGGCG